AUGGGAUCCGCUGGCCUUCCUCUACAGAACAGAGGUAUCUUUCGCAAUUUGCCAACAUUCGACCCUUCAAUCACGGGCAAGACUGCCAUUGUCACAGGGGCCAAUGGCAUCAGCGGCUUCCAUACUUUGAGGGCUCUGCUUGAAAGCUCUCAGCGAUGGACCAAAGUAUGGGCCGCCUCACGGAGGCCGCCUCCGCCCGAAAUGAUGGACCUGCUGCCGCAAAGUGCCCGAUCUCGAGUUGAGCACGUAGCAUGCGAUUUUCUCUCCGAGCCGGAGGACAUAGCCCAGCAACUACGAGAGAAAGGCGUAACUGCGGAUGCGAUCUUCUACUACUCGUAUGCCCAACCGAAGCCGAAGGAAGGGGCUCCGGUGUGGAGCAAUGCAGAAGAGCUCACAGAGAUGAAUUGUGCAAUGUUGCGCAACUUCCUCGCCUCGCUUGACAUCGCUGGUGUGAAACCUUCGCGAUUCCUGCUUCAGACUGGUGCGAAGAACUACAACGUCCACCAAGGGCCGUCCCGAACGCCCUAUGUUGAGUCCGAUCCACGGAGCAACAUCGAGCCCAACUUCUACUAUCCACAGGAGGACCUGCUCUUCGACUAUUGUAAAUCACAUCCGGAAACUUCGUGGAAUAUCAUCUGUCCCGCGUGGAUCAUUGGAGCUACGACCAACGCUGCCAUGAACGCCCUGCAUCCUAUUGCGAUUUAUGCGGCUGUCCAGGCCCACAAAGGUCAGAGAAUGGGAUAUCCAGGAGCAUAUCAGAAUUGGCUUGUCACUUGUGAGCACAGCACGGCGUAUCUGACAGGGUUUCUCUCUGAGUGGGCGGUCCUCGAGCAGAAAUGCGCGAAUCAGAAAUUCAAUGCUUCUGAUACUUGUCCUCUCCCAAACAAUCGCCUUUGGCCAGAGGUCGCUCGCUGGUACGGCACAACAGCGCCCUCGCAGCCGGAACUGGACGACUCCAAGAUUACCACAGUCACCCUGCCAUCAGGCCCGAGUCCAUUAGGAUACGGACCACCCGUCAAGCCGCGAUUCUGCUUCACGCUCCAAGGAUGGGCCGCUGAAGCAGAGAACAAGCAAGCAUGGGCAGAGAUCAUGCAGAAGCAUAAUCUAUCCCACAAUCCUUUCGACGAUGUUACCGCCAACUUCGAAUGUGGAGACUUCGUCGUGGGCGCUCUGGUCAGUGCUUUGAGCAUGAAUAAGGCGAGGUACUUCGGCUGGACUGGUCACGUUGAUACACUCGAGAGUCUGUUCAUGGCGUACAGCGAGAUGAACAAGCUUGGGAUGCUGCCACCGACGGUUGUCGAUAAAGCCAAUCCGCUGAUCUGA